UUUUAAACAUCUUCCGUGGCGAAACGGCGUGUUUACUGUUGAGGGGGGUCCGUCGGAUAUCGGAGGAGGCGAGGAUGCCGAGCCGCCCCGAGGAUUACGAAGUGCUCUUCACUAUUGGUGCCGGUUCGUACGGCAGAUGCCAGAAGGUGCGGCGGAAGGCGGACGGCAAGGUUUUAGUCUGGAAAGAGCUGGACUAUGGAUCUAUGACAGAAUCUGAAAAACAAAUGCUUGUUUCUGAAGUGAACUUACUCCGUGAACUGAAACAUCCAAAUAUUGUUCAUUAUUAUGAUCGUAUAAUUGACAGGACAAAUACAACGCUUUAUAUUGUGAUGGAAUACUGUGAAGGUGGAGACUUGGCUACACUGAUUGCAAAAUGUACAAAAGAAAGACAUUAUCUGGAUGAAGCCUUUGUUCUUCGAGUCCUUACUCAAUUGACUUUGGCCCUGAAAGAGUGUCACAGGCGGAGUGAUGGAGGUCACACUGUGCUUCACCGAGACUUGAAGCCAGCAAAUAUUUUCCUUGAUAGCAAGAAAAAUGUGAAGCUUGGUGACUUUGGCCUGGCUAGAAUACUUCAUCAUGAUACCAGUUUUGCAAAAACAUUUGUUGGUACACCAUAUUAUAUGUCUCCAGAGCAAAUAAAUCGCAUGUCCUAUAAUGAAAAAUCUGACAUCUGGUCUCUAGGCUGUUUGCUAUAUGAGUUAUGUGCACUGUCACCUCCAUUUACAGCUUUUAAUCAGAAAGAGCUAGCGGAAAAGAUAAGGGAAGGAAAGUUCAGACGAAUCCCAUACCGUUAUUCGGAACAGCUGAAUGAACUCAUCACAAAGAUGUUAAACCUGAAGGAUUAUUGUCGGCCUUCAGUUGAAGAAAUUCUACAGAAUCCGUUGAUAGUUGAUUUGGUAUCUGAGGAGCAAGUGAGAAUUUUGGAGAGGAAAGGGCGACGAUCAGACCAGGAUAAAGUAGAAAGAGUUUCAGGAAUACCAACUAAUGAAUUAAAACUGAAAGAACAACAGCUGCAAGAGAAAGAGAAAGCUAUAAAGGAAAGGGAACAUAGACUAGAACAGAGAGAACGAGAAUUGUGUGUUCGGGAGAGAUUAGCAGAGGACAAAUUGUCUAGGGCUGAGAAUUUGAUGAAGAAUUACAAUUUAUUCAAGGACCAUAGAUUCUUCCUGCCAGCAACUUGCCCAGAUGAAAUGUUACCUGUCCAUACAGCAAGAAAAAAGAAAGUCCAGUUUGGUGAUGAAAGUAAAGAAAAUGCUCAAGAUGAGGAAAACUUGGAAAACUUUUCCCAAUCAAGAGAAAAAAAUUGUAACUUGAAGAAGCGUCUUUAUGCUGCAAAUCUGCGCGCUCAAGCUCUGUGUGAACUGGAGAAACACUAUCAGUUGAAAAGCCGUCAGCUACUGGGAAUGCGUUGAAACAGUUCGUUUGUGCCUGUACAGAAGAGUGACAUUUCUAUGGUGGUUUAAAAGUAUAUUUUUGUAAUAGUUGUGAUGAAAAGCUCUGUAUAGAUAGUUUUAGAUGAAAAAUAAGCUCUAAAAUGUUUUAACCUAAUGAUUUGUGAGCAUUUCUCUUCUUAGGAAUUGUGCACUUUUAUGCACUCAACGACAUCAAGAAAUUAUUAAUACUUUAGCAGAAAAAAAAUGGUUUAGAAGAUGUUUUAGGAUUAAGAUUAGAGUAAACUGAUAUUGCUGCAGUGUAUCAAAAGAAAAGAGAAUGCUAGGAUGGGGGAAUCUUUUCUCCUUUCCAAAUUUGCUUUUCCAUUCUUUUAAGUAUUUCCUUUAAGUUUUAGUUUUGAUAUUUUUAUAUGUGUAAGUUGCCAGUUGGCUGCAUCUGUUUUAUCCCCAUUAGGCUUUUCAGGGUUGGGAUUACUGAAAGCAUGGUCUGAAAUAAUGAUAAAUUGCUUAAAAGGAAAAAAAUAUGGUCAUCAAAACUUAGAAAUAUCCAACAUUUGGUUGGCAGAAUUCUGCAUAUAAGCAGCUUGCUUUGUUAAAGCCUGAUUUGCUUGGAAGGUUUCAUCAUCAAGUCUGUCAGAUGUUAUAGACCAGUGAUGGGUAACCUUUUUGCCAUUGCAUGCCGAAAGUAGGGGUCGUGGGGGGGGUGUCGUGUGUCUGCGUGCCCACACCCAUAAUUCAAUGCCCCCCCGCACUCCCCCCGCUUUUGGCACAUGAUGGCAAAAAGGUUACGAGUGGACCCAGUAGGGCCCUUUUUUGCCCUCCCCAGGCUCCAGAGGCUUUCUUGGAGCCUGGGGAGGGCGAAAAUGACCUCCUCCACCCCAGAGGCCCUGCAGAGGCUGGAAACGGCCCAUUUCCCAACUUCUGGUGGGCCCGGAAGGCCCGAAAAUCAGCUGGCUGGUCCGUGCAUGCAUGCUGGAGCUGAGCUAGGGCAAUGCUUGUGUGCCCACAGAUAUGGCUCCGUGUGCCACCUGUAGUAUGCAUGCCAUAGGAUCGCCAUCAUGGUUAUAGACUGUAACUCCUACAAACCCCAAGCAGAUGACCAGUAAUUGGGGAUGUGAGAAACUGUAGUCCCAAGCAUUUCAAGAUUAACCCUACAUAUAUUAAAUGCUGGAAAAAAAAAUCUGUUAAAGUCAAUGUGAGUUUUACAUAUGUAAAGGAAUUACCAGUAUAUCUCAAGCACGUUUCCAUGCAAGUUAGAAUGUGGAUUUCUUCAGUGGUCAAGAUGUACAAAUGCUGCAACUUGGGAUAGAAAGCAUCAGUUAAAUAGGCUCUUGUGCCUAUUUUUCAUAGUGUAUAAUAAAUAAUAUGAAAGCACA